AUGCCAUACGACAUCAGUGAUCUCUUCAACGUGCGCGGGCUAGUUGCCGUCAUCACCGGCGGGAGCUCAGGCCUGGGCAAGACAAUGGCCAUUGCUCUCGCUACCAACGGCGCCAGUAGAGUCUACAUUCUGGGUCGCCGCAAAGAGACCCUCGAAGACACUGCCGACAUGCACCCCGGCAUCAUCAUCCCGAUCGUCGCCGAUGUGGGCUCGAAAGCCUCCCUCGCCGCUGCUGCCGAAGAAAUCCUAGCUGACACCGGAUAUAUCAACCUCCUGGUCGCGAACGCAGGCAUGGUUUACCUGACUGCUCCCGAGACCAUCGACGACGGCCCCGGCAGUGUCAAGGUCGGGCGAUCACUAAAGGAGAACCCCACCCCGGCCGACCUGGAGUCAUUCCUCAUGGAGACGCCAGACGAGGAGUUCCUGGAUACGUUUCGGGUGAACACGGCGGGGGUGUUCUAUACUAUUGCGGCAUUUGUGUCGUUGUUGGACAAGGGGAAUCAGCAAGGCAAUGUUUCCCAGAAGAGCCAGGUGAUUGCAGUGAGCAGUGUGGCGGCACACAACCGGAGGGUGACAGGGGGCUGUGCAUAUGGGAUGAGCAAGGCAGCAGUGGUGCAUCUGAUGAAGCAGAUGAUGACGUUUUUGAUUCCCCAAGGAAUAAGAGCGAAUACAAUUUCUCCGGGGCUCUUCCCGAGUAAUUUGGUCGGGGGUCCGUCGAAUCAUGAGAUAUCGGUGGAGGGAGCAUUCGAUAGAGAGUUUAUUCCGCUGCGGCGAGCGGGAAGAUGCGAUGAGAUUGCGGGCGCUAUCUUGUACCUGGCGAGUAAGGCCGGGGGAUACGUCAAUGGUGAUUUACAUCUGAUCGAUGGGGGGAUGGCAGGGUGUCCUAAUUGA